AUGUCUAUUGGUGGAUUGAGGUACCGCCUCGGACGGCUCUACAACUCAUUCUACUACGCACAAAGCAACAAUAAAUAUGCUUUAUUAUUCCUCUUCCCCAGUGUAAUGUGGUAUACACGCUUCAGGGCAGAUACCAAAUUGGGCUAUCGCAUUUACAUUUCCCCCUCUGCCACACCCACCGACUACGACGAACAAUUAAACGAUAAAUCCAUGCUUGGCUAUGUAACCAGAAUUAUGGACAAGUUUGCCAAUACUAUAAAUGUCUAUAUUUUUUCCCGGUCCAACGAUUUGCCCUUGGCUUAUGGGUGGAAGAAUGGAAUGAAGGUGUAUUUGGAGGAUGAUAUCACAGUAAGGGGACUAAAAGAGACUUUUUAUGGCCCAGAUAAUUACCACCAAAUACUAGUUGGUUGCAAGGGGAGGACUAUGUUGGACAGUGACAAUUUGGCACUGGCAGUACGUGGUUUUUGCAGGCAUGAUCCUAGAAUAGUCUUUUGGAGGCAACUAUAA